GGAGAACCCGUCAAACCCGGAAGUCGUCAUCGCUGGCGGAGCGGUAUUUCCCGCGAAAAUUGAGACCUCGCUGCAGCUUACAGUCACAGCAUCAUGAGCAAGAGGAAGAUACAAGAUACUCCUCUGCCGGUGGGAGAAUGCAUCUCACAGGUUCAGGACAUGUUAAGGGAGCGGCUUUGUCAUCAGCAGCUCCCUGACAGGCCGGAGGGAGUGGAAGCUCAACACAAACACCUCCUGGAGCUGCUGAAGCGGACAGCCGUCCACGGGGAGAGUAACUCGGUUCUAAUCAUCGGUCCCAGAGGAGCAGGAAAAACAAUGCUGCUGAAGUGUGUGCUGAGGGACCUGCUGGAGGAAAAAGAAGCUCAGAAGAACCUGCUACAGGUUCAUCUCAACGGUCUCCUGCAGACUGACGACAGAAUAGCUCUGAAAGAAAUAACGCGGCAGCUCCACCUGGAAAACGUUGUCGGUGACAAAGUGUUUGGAGGUUUUGCAGAGAAUCUGGCUUUCUUGUUGGAGGCAUUGAAGAAAGGUGAUCGCAGCAGCAGCCGCCCAGUUCUGUUCGUUCUGGAUGAGUUCGACCUGUUCGCCCACCACAAGAACCAGACUCUGCUCUACAACCUGUUUGACGUCUCCCAGUCCGCCCAGGCUCCCAUCGCUGUGGUCGGCGUCACCUGCAGACUGGACGUUCUGGAGCUGCUGGAGAAGCGCGUGAAGUCGCGGUUUUCCCACCGACAGAUCCACCUGCUGAGCAACCCGACGUUCACAGAGUACCUGGAGCGGGUCCGGACCCAGCUCAGCCUGCCGGACGACUUCCCGGACAGCCAGUUCGCUCUGGACUGGAACGCCAGCAUAGAGACGCUGUGUGAAGACAAAUCAGUGGAGGACGUUCUACAGAGACACUUCAACUCCAGCAAGGACUUCCGUUCGAUGCACAUGCUGCUGAUGUUGUGUCUGAGUCGAGUGUCUGUCGCCAAACCCUCCAUCAAACCUGCAGACCUGCUGGAGGCCAGCAGACUGAGUUUUGCUGACGCCAAGGCGAACAUGCUCCACGGUCUGUCCAUCUUGGAGCUGUGCCUCAUCAUCGCCAUGAAACACCUCAACGACGUCUACGAAGGAGAGCCGUUCAAUCUGCAGAUGGUUCACAACGAGUUUAAGAAGUUCCUGCAGAGGAAGUCCAACUCCAUGUACAAAUUUGACCAGCCGGUCAUAAUGAAGGCCUUCGAGCACCUGCAGCAGCUGGAGCUGAUCCGGCCCGUCGACAGCUCCUCGGCCAAAACUCAGAGGGAAUACCAGCUGAUGAGACUCAUGCUGGACCACAGUCAGAUCAUGGAGGCCCUGCAGAAGUACCCACAAUGCCCCACGGACGUCAAGCAGUGGGCCAUGUCGGCGUUCGGCUAGGACUCUGCAGACAUUUGGACUUUAUCUAGACGUUUGUUUGAUGGUUUUCUGCUCCAGCACGGCGAGAAAGACACCGGCACUGCUAGAGGAAAUGGAAAAUAUUAACUCAUAUUUGGAAGUGUGUCAUAAAUAACAGACGACCAAGGACCAAAACUCAACCAGGUAGAAAACGUGGCUGCCAGUAUGUUAAAUCUACACCAGUAGUGCAAAUGUUUCAUGUCAGGAUUAUUUAACAUAUACUCAGUAUGUCACAUGUGUUCUGGAGCUGAGUUUUGACUGAUAAUUACUGUAAAUAAUCACAAAAUAAAAAAGAACAGUU